GAGCCAGCGAGUGAGAGUACCCGUGUAUGCAUGGUACACUGUAUACAGUUUGGUAAUCAUCUACGAGACUACGUAGAUUCAGCGUCCAUCGUCAAGCCUUUUCGCCCCCGCAUGAAGGGCGUUAGACUCUGACAGCGACAUGAUCUGAACUCGACUCGACUGGCGCUGUUUUGUUGUUGAGCUGCUAGAGCUGCUGGCAGUCUGGAGAGUUGAAGAACCCUGAAUCCAGAGCAAUUUUUUGGAGGCUUGCAGAAUAGUUUAAGUUCCACACGUACCACUUUCUCCUGGCAACGUCUUGAAUUGAAAGCAGAGAGAGAGAAGGAGAGCAGAAGGAGAGCAGAAGGAGAGCAGAAGGAGAGCAGAAGGAGAGCAGAAGGAAAAGUAGAAGACAGUAAGAAGGAGUACUAGAAGAGGUGUGGGGCUGACCGCUUCUCAUCAUGUGGGGUGUGACCAACUCCUCAGAGAACUGCAGUCUUCAGGGCAAGAACAAUACGGCCAUUUCCUUUCUUCAGUAUGGAGGUAUACCGCAGAACAUCGCCUACAACUGUUUAUUUUAUGUGAUCUUGGUGGUUCUGUUUGCUAUCUUCAGAAAAGUAGCUGGGGAUUAUGGUCGCAUCGCUCUUGUAAACCAGGGUGAAGAAAGGAGAGUAUUUUCUUCGCAGAAUGGAACAGCGGGCUACAACAUAUGGACAAGUAUGUUCUAUGGGGAUCAUAGCUCCCAGGGGAAGUCUAAGAAUGUCAACAACGCUAAUGACGUGGGGAUAGCCGACCAUCCACCUCAUUCUCGCACAACGGGAUUAUGUGACUGGAUCCCAGCCAUAUUUAGGAUCAAGGAUGCAGACAUCAGGAGCAACUCUGGGACGGAUGCGGUACAGUACCUCCAGUUCCAGCGCUACCUGAUCGUCCUGAUGAUGAUCAUCACCGUCUUCUGCCUGGUGGUCAUCCUCCCGGUCAACUUCAGUGGCAGCCAGGAGCUUGGAACAAACAACUUUGGCCGCACCACCAUCACCAACAUCCCUAACAAAGAUGCCAAGUUAUGGGUACACACUAUCUUCUGUAUGGUGUACUUCAUGAUAGUCAUCCUCUUCAUGCGCCACUUCUCCAUGCAUCUCCCCUACAGGUCAGAGACGGACACAGUAUCUCGUACACUUCUUGUGUCUGGUAUUCCAUUGGAGAGGACUGAUCCUGCCCUUAUCAAACAACAUUUCCAGGAGGCUUAUCCGGAUGUGGUUGUCACAGAUGUACAGUUUGCCUAUGACAUAGCAAGACUCAAGAGACUUGAUACACAGAGACGAGAUGCUCACCUAAACAGACUGCAUUGUGAAAAGAUCUACCAGAGGACCACCCAGCGCCCCACCCUCAGACCUGGCACAUGUGGCCAGUUAGGGUGUGGAGGGCCAAAGGUGGAUGCUAUCGAGUACUAUGGUAACGAGGAGGAGGCCCUCACUGUUACUGUAGCCGAGGAGAAGAGAAAGGCUCUGAAGAGCAACCUUGGUAUGGCCUUUGUUUCAGUACACAGUGAGACCAUGGCAACAAAGAUUGUGACUGACUAUACCACCCUAAAGACAGGGCCACCUACAGUCUCCAGUGUGAGCAGACAGCUUCAUUCCACUGUAUGGGAGGUGGACUUUGCCCCCAAGCCUGAUGACAUCAUCUGGGAAAAUCUCUCCAUCAGUCCAUAUGUAUGGUGGCUUAGUGUCAUCUUAAUCAACAUUGCUCUGUUUGUGCUGCUCUUCUUCCUGACGACUCCUUCUGUCAUCAUGACCACCCUGGACACUACAAACUACAAGGAAACUUUCGCUAAUGCAAAGUCCCCGUUCGUGUCUCAGUUCCUGCCCACCCUCCUGCUGUGGACCUUUGCAGCCCUCCUGCCUCUCCUGGUGGUUUACUCCAGCUACUACUUUGAGUUCCAUUGGACCCGUACUAAACUCAACCAUACCAUCAUGAGGAAAACAUUCAUCUUUCUCCUUCUCAUGAUCCUUAUACUGCCCUCUCUUGGCCUUGCUAGUGCUCAGGCUUUAUUUGAAUACAGCUUGAAAAGUGUGGCAGAGAUCAAGAUGAGAUGGGGAUGCAUAUUUCUUCCUGAGAAUGGAGCCUUCUUUGUAAACUUCAUCAUCACAUCGGCCUUUAUCGGCACAGCCCUCGAACUUAUCCGCUUCCCAGAACUCUUCUACUAUGGAAUCAACAUGCUGUGGACACGGUCCGAGGCUGAAAAGAUCACAAAACGAAGUAGAGUGGCAUAUGAGUUUCAAUAUGGUGUCCAGUACGCCUGGAUCCUAACAACUUUCACUGUCGUCCUGGUAUACAGUAUAACAUGCCCUCUUAUUGCUCCAUUUGGUUUGAUUUACUUUGUGCUGAAGCAUCUAGUGGAUAGAUACAACAUCUAUUUUGCCUACAUUCCCUCACGCAUUCAUCAGGGCAUCCAUCAAAGUGCUGUUAACUUUGUGGUCAUCGCUGGAAUGCUGUUACAGCUCUCAGUGCUCUUCUUUUCUGUGCUUAGGCUUGGUUCUGUGGACCCUCGAUCGAUCCUGUUGUUCGUGUUCUUGGUCCUGACCAUCGGCCUGUACAUUGCUAAGGUUUGUUUCAACAUCUGGAUGGGUUAUGUACCUCCAGAAUACGAUGAAUUCAACAACGAGGAAGAACCUGUGAUUGAGAAAGAAGUAGAACACAAGUACCUUCACCCGUCGUUCUCGUUUGGUAACGACUUAUCCCAUCUUGACAAGGACUUUGUGCCUGAUGUCCUGAUGGAAGACGCAGAGGCCGGAGAAGGGUCAGGCACAGCUCCAACAGGGGUCAGAGGUCACCAGGCGUACGGCACCAUGGACCACGGCAGCGAGCACAUCUCAUACCAACCUCAGGUAGACACAGAAUCUUCAGAACAAGAGGAAUAGGCUUGAUUGAUGCGACCUGAUCCAGCUUCCAACCCUGCAGUACAGACCAACAUCCAUCACAUUAUUGGCUUUUGAACCUACAUCCCGUGUGCUUCAUUUUUAUACAGUAAGAUAUGCCAUUAAUAGUAUUUUCUUUUCUUUCUUAAAUUACCUCUAUGAACCUAGUGAGACUAUCUGAAAGAUGAAUAGCAUUCCAGAGAAAAGAGAAUACACAUGCUCAAGAAUAAAUCAGAAAGUCUUGGUAUGUAUCUCUUAAGGAAGAAGCUUACUGUAUUAAAGUAGAUAUUCAUUGAUUUUAAAAACUAACUUUAUGUUCAUUAUUGCAAAGUUGAAACUUUGAUUCGACAA